AUGUCAACAUUUCAACAAAAUCAAUUGAAUGGUUUUUCAUCAAUACUUUUAUCACCAUCGUCAACAAGCAAUACAACAAUAACAAAUAAUAAUCAAAUAAUUUUAUUUGAUAAUAGUGAUCAAGGUUCAGUUGAUUCUGAUUAUACAUCAUUAGGUAGUUCGAAAUUUUAUGGUAAUGGCGGUUCAACAUCAUCACUUCAUCAUCAAGGACGUUCACAAUCAUUUGAUGAAUUAGCAUCAACAAUAACAACAACAACAAUACCAACACGACAUUUUAAUGGGACAUUAAAUGUAAAUAAAUUAAAUAAUGAUCCAUUACAAUUUGUUAAAAUUCAUCCAAAUCAUGAAUUAAUUGAACGUGCACAAGAACAAUUAACAUUAUUUGAAUCACGAAAACGUUUACAAGAAAAUUUUAAAUUAAAUAAUAAUCAACAUAAUACCGAUGGUAUUAUUAAUAAUCCAAAAACAAAUAAUUUAAAUGAUGAUGAUACUGAUUGGUCAAAGGCUGUUGAAAAUUGGCGUCAAAAACGUGAACAAAAGCGUAAACAAAGUUCAAGUGUAAUUCAUACUGAAGAUGAACCAACAACAACAACAACAACAACAACAACAACAGCGAGACUAAAUAUUGAACCUUCACAUCCUAGUCCUAAAAAAAAUUUUGAUGUACCUGAAACAAACCCUAAACUACUUUCACCUUCACCUCCACAGAUUAAUAUAUCACCACCAUCUACAAAAACAAAUAUAUCUACUGGACAAUUAUCAAUAUCUAAUCGAAUUGAAUCAAAAAGUCCAACACCUCCACGAAAUCGAGGUCUAGGUAAAAUUCAUGAAAUAUUUAUUCAAAAACCAAUUGAUAUACGUGGUUUUGGUUUUAAACUUGAUGGUGGUCCAGCACAAAAUCGACCAAUUUAUAUUUCAACACUUGAAGACGGUAGUCCUGCUGAUAAAGCUGGAUUAUGUAUUGAUGAUGAAGUUAUAUCAAUGAAUGAUGAAAAUAUUCAACAUAUGACAUUUGAUCAAGUACGAAAAAUUCUUAAAGAACGAAAUUUACGUGGAAGUAUUAAAAUGGUUGUUAAAACCUAUGAAGAUAUUGUCGAUGAUAAUUCUCAAACAGUUACAAUUGAAUAUAGUCGAACACCAUCACCACAAAAACCUUUAUCUAAUUUACAAUCAAAUACAUCCGUAACUUCGAUAUCUACAGCAACAACAACAAGCACAAUACUUGUUUCAUCAACGACUCCAUCAAAUGUUCAAUCACCUGUUUAUACAUUUUUACCUGGUACUCCUCCACUUCCUCCUACGUCGUCUUCGUCUAUUUCAACAUCUGAUACAAUUCCUAAUGUUCCUAUUCAUCAAAUACCAUCAUCAUCAUUAAAUAUAUUCGCACCAAAACCAUUUCGUUCAACAGCUUCAAUUAAUAUUGAUACACCAAAAAAUAAUGAAACAACAACAGGUACUGUCGAACAACAAUCACCAACUGUAACAAAAACAGCAUCUCGAGAUGUAGUUAAUACGCUUCUUUCUAAUCCAACAUUAAUUUCAUCAAAUCUUAUCGAUUCAACAUCACCUAUAAUAACUAAUCCAAAACUAUCACCACCACCAUUAACAUCAGUUGAUACUUUAUUACAUGGUAUAUCAAAUUUUAAUAAUAAUGAUGAACAAAAUAAUGAUUCUCCUAUUGCACAAGUACGUUCAUCAGUUGAAAAAAAAAUGAGUCAAUUACAACAAGAGCUUUUACUUGGUUUUCCUCAUACACAAACAUCACGAGAACAACGACCAAUAAAUAUACCAAUUGAUUUAACGAAUGCUUCAUUAUCAAAUUCUUCAUUAAAAACAUCAUCAGCACCAUUUUCACCUUCAAUUCAACAACAAGAUUCAAAUUUUAAUAAUAAUAAUCGAACAUAUGGUUUAAAAAUUAGUCCCUAUGAAAAUGCAAUUCAUUAUUUAGAUUCACAUAAUCAACAACAAUCAUCAUCAAAUUAUGAUAAACGAACUUUACAAGAAUUAUCAUCAAUAUCAACAACAACAACAAAUCGUUCAUCUACAUCACAAUUAUCUGAUCGUACAGUUAAUGAAUUAAGAGUUAAUUUAUCUUCACCACCAACAUUUCAACAACAACAACAACAACAACAACAAAAAACUUCUUUUCAAUUAGAUGAAAAAAUUCCACAACAACGUAUCACUAGUAAACAACUUCAUACAACACUUAAUCAAGCACCAAAAAAAAGUCAUUAUGAAGAUCAUUCAUGGAUCACUGAUGAUCAAAGAAAACCAAUUAUUACUUCAUCUGCGCCACCACCACCACCACCAUCAUUAUCACAAGUAUCUUCAUAUAGUAAUGAAAGAAAUGGUAGUAGUAGUAAUCAUCGACCUACGUCACAAACAUCUCAUCAUCAUCAUCAUCAAGAAUUACAAAUGGAUAGACAAGUAUCAAAUCAAUUAAAUACAUGUUAUUAUGAUGAUCGUACAGAUGAAUCUCAGCGUUAUCAGUCACGAACUAAUCAACAACAACAACAACAACAAAAAGAUUUUGAUCAAUCGAAUAAUCGACAUCAUCGAACAAAACAAUCAGCAAAAUCACCUAUUCGUACGACGAUUAAUAGUAAUAAUAAUCGAGUUUUGUCUGUUAGUGGUAAAUUACGUUGUUCAAGAUGUAAUGAUGAAUUAGGUCAAGGAUCAGCAAUGGUUAUUGAAUCUCUUGGUUUAUAUUAUCAUAUAGAAUGUUUUCGAUGUUUUGUUUGUAAUAUUCCUUUAUCAUCAUCAUUUGAAGGAACAGAUGUUCGUGUACGAAGUAAUCGACUUCAUUGUCAAAAUUGUUUUUCAGAUGAAAAUGGUGUAAAAUUAAGUGCUGUCUAA